AAUAUAUAAAGUGGCCACCCGUCCUCGUUUUCUCUCACUUUUUCCCCUCGUUUUUUCCAAUUAGUUUUUCUCCUCCGCUCCGCCUCUCUGUCAUCUCCAAUUUUCCUCAAGUCAAAUUGCCAGAUCUUCAUGAAUUCAAAAAGUGCUGCUGCAUCGACCGUUUCCUGUCAAAAAGGAAACAACAACAUUGUUUUGAUUCUGUGCUGCUUCUUCCCACGAUUCCUUGGAAGCCCCGUUUCAUUUGUCAACUUCCUUCUGUUCAAGGCUAUUGCCAGGUGUCCUUCAUCAUCGGUCCUGAUUUAGACUCCCAGGGCAAAAAAGUCAUUCCGCAAUUUGCCGUUUCAUUUUUCCGGGGAAAAAUAAGAAAACAAAAUCAUGGUUUCCUCUCAAUUUUCUUCGACCAACUUGCUGAAAAAGCCUGUACAAGCCCCUGAAGCCAUUCCGUUUGAAAUCGUCGACUUGGAUUUCGCGGACUUAUUCGGCCCUGUGCCAGCUCUCGAUUCUGCGGGCCCCACCGAUGCGAGUGAAUUAGCCUACGACGAGCCAGCUGUCAUCCACAGCCGUUCGCAUUCCUUUCUUGGUCCCACAACUUGUGUGAACCAGCAACUAUCGAAGCUCAGCAAACUCACAUUGUUUGAAAGAGAAGACUCGUUGGAGAAUCUUUCAGAAUAUUCGAUCGAGAAUAUCGAUUUGGAGGAGAAGGAGGAAGAGGAGGAGAAGCCAGUAGUAGGGCUUGAUGACUUUGAAUUAUUGAAACUUGUGGGGCAAGGGGCCUUUGGGAAAGUGUACCAAGUGAGGAAGAUUGGUUCGUCGGAGAUUUUUGCUAUGAAGGUUAUGAGAAAAGAUAAGAUCGUGGAGAAAAAUCAUGCGGAGUAUAUGAAAGCGGAGAGGGAUAUUUUGACCAGGAUUGACCAUCCUUACAUUGUGCAACUCAGAUACUCCUUCCAGACGAAAUAUAGAUUGUAUCUUGUGCUUGAUUUUGUUAAUGGGGGUCACCUUUUCUUUCAACUCUAUCAUCAAGGACUGUUCAGAGAGGAUUUGGGGCGGAUCUAUGCAGCUGAGAUUGUUUCUGCUGUAUGUCAUCUACACGAACAUGGAAUAAUGCAUAGGGAUCUUAAACCGGAGAAUAUUCUGCUCGAUGCUGAGGGCCAUGCAAUGUUAACUGAUUUUGGUCUGGCAAAGCAAUUUGACGAGGAAACGAGAUCCAAUUCGAUGUGUGGAACAUUGGAGUAUAUGGCACCUGAAAUUAUUCUCGGAAAAGGUCAUAACAAGGCAGCAGACUGGUGGAGCGUGGGGAUUCUCUUGUACGAAAUGUUGACCGGCAAGCCGCCAUUUGUUGGUGGGAAUCGACACAAAAUCCAACAGAAGAUACUGAAAGACAAAAUGAAGCUGCCGGGAUUCUUGUCUAGUGACGCCCAUUCUCUAAUUAAAGGGCUGCUUCAGAAGGAGGCGAACAGGCGGUUGGGAAGUGAAGAGAUAAAAGGGCACAAGUGGUUCAAAUCAAUCGACUGGAAGAAAUUGGAGGCUCGUGAAAUUAAGCCGAACUUCCUUCCUCAAGUAGAAGGAAAGCUCUGCAUUGCCAACUUUGACGAGCGUUGGACUAAAAUGCCCCUGCUGGACUCACCUGCCUCGAGUCCCAAAUCUGUCGAAAAUCCUUUUAAAGGUUUCAGUUAUGUUAAGCCUGCUGCCAGUUUUCUGCAGGUCAAUUGACCACACCGCUACUGUGUGUCCAUUUGUGUGUGAUAAAUUAGAGAUGAGGUGUGUAUUUCUUUACGGUAGAACCUCGAUAAAUUAAUAACCUUGCUUAAAUAAUAAUUUCUUCCGGUUGCGAUUCGGUGUAAACAUACUAAAUUAUUAGUUCGAUAAUUUAGUAUUUCGCUAAAUUAAUAGAAUUUUGCUCGUCCCGA